UCAGGCUGUGGAAAUGCUCCUUUACUCGUAAGAAACUCGCUAACCAAAUUCUCAGUAAGAAUGACCCUUAAGGAAACUUUUCUUACUGGAAUUUUUUAAGUUCUUUGGUUGUGUAGAAUCUUCAGGUCUUAUGAACUGGUAACUUGCUAAUAGAUUUAAACUAUUCUUUAAUAAGGAAGCAAUCCCACUUUAUGCGGUUGCUCCUAUCGCCAAAGAAAGUAUGAUUGGUGACUUUUCAAAUAUUUCACCAAUCUCGAAGAUUAUCGUGUAAAUUUUAUUUAGUGAGAAUGGCUCUUUUAGUUAAUUUAGUUUCUCAAAAGCAGCUACAGUACAGUUCAACUCAGCGUAACUGCAAUAUUUUCCGCUUUCCUCGUGUUGUCAUUUGUCGCAAUUAGUGAAAAUUUUUGCUGCAACGUGUUUGUUGUUUAAAAAAUUUUAAAUUUGUAAGUUUGAAACAAGACAUCUUAAAUUAUUCCAUAAUGCAAAACGACAGUGGAGAAUACGUUGAUUUAUACAUACCUCGAAAAUGCUCUGCCAGCAAUCGUAUUAUUCAUGCUAAGGAUCAUGCUUCAAUUCAAAUCAAUAUUGCUGAAGUAGAUGAGGCUACUGGCAGGUUCACAGGAAGUUCUGUACCAUAUGCGAUCUGCGGAGAAAUAAGACGAAUGGGUGAAAGUGAUGACUGCAUUGCCCGAUUAGCAAAGAAAGAUGCUAUUAUAGCUAAGAACUACUGAAAAAAGAUGUCAAGACCUUUUGUUUGUAUUAUAAAAUAAAAUGUUUUGUCAUUA